AUGCUCGGAUACAUAUCCUCGACGCGCAAGAAAUCCUGCAAGCAAUGCGUGAAAGCGAAACGGAGAUGCGAUUUGGGGUACCCUUGCUGCAAGCGCUGCUUCUCCAAGUCGCUCGAUUGUGCAUACCCUAAUUCGGUGCGCGAAGCGGAGGUCGUUAUUAGGCAGCGAACUCCGGAUCUCGCUCCGCUAGACCACGUCGGUGACAACGACCUCAUCGGUCUCCAGCCCGUUGGCUGCGACUUCGAUCUCGCGAUCUUGCAGGUGUCGACGUCGGACUCAAAAUCGUCGAGCAGUCCUGAGAGCCGGAGCAAUAUCGCCGAAGACAGAGAGGAGCAAGAUGCUACGAACAGGCAGGCGCUGUAUUGGAAGAGCAGUAAGGAGCCUGCGGUUAGUAGACAAAUGUUACCGAAGAUAUGGGCGCCGAGCUGGUUGAAUGAAGAUCAGCUUCUGUUCAUGGUGAGCAGGAUGCGGAGUUUUGUGCCGACGUUGGCGUUCACGGGUGCCAAUACCUUCAUCCACACUGCACUGUACAAAUCGCACCAGCCUACGGCCUUCCAGGACAGCAUCAGUCUCUCCGCGCUGUACCUCGCGAAGACGAAACAAAACGCACCAAUAUUGAUAAGGUCUAUUGAUGAGAAAAUAAACGGGCUGAUAGCCAGAUCGAACGGCUGGUCGCUACAGGAGCAUCUUGCUGCCGUUCAGGCUCUCAUUCUAUACCAAAUAAUAAGACUGUUCGACGGCGAUCUAGGCCAAGCAGGAACGGCGGCAAGACAGAACCACCUGCUGGAGCUCUGGACGGCACACCUCUGGAAGCGCUCCUUCGCCGAACCGAUCGCCUUCUCCAAGCCGUGGGAUGCCUGGGUAUUCUACGAGUCGCUCCGCCGCACCGUCAUGAUAUCUGUAUUCAUGCGCGGAAGCUGGAACGCACUUACGCAAGGCGGAUUGUGUGACCAGGUGCCUGUGCUCGCGCGGUUACCACUGUCAAAAGGCGAUGGGUUUUGGGAUAUUAGGGAAGAAGAAUUUGAUAGGCGGGUUGCCAGGGUGGAUGGAAGAGACCAGCUGGUUGCGUACGGUGACUUUUCGCUGAGCUGGAAGCCGGGAGAAGAUGAUGUGGGGGGAUUGACGGAGUUUCAAAGACUGUUGCUUGUCGCUUGUAGGGGGCACAUGGAUCCAAGGCUGUAUCUGGACGGCAUGUGA